UUCCAACGUGAGAAACACUUUCCCGGAGCCAAAGCAGCAGCAGAGGUAAUUGUGUAGUUUGACUCUUUGACCACCAAUCACGGUGUUGGUAACGUUUUGUAACAGUCGCGUGGGUCGAAAGAGGCUUCCCUUUGCAAAAGGAAAAACAGCUUCCAGUGCUUUGCAACUCACACAGCGUACAGAGUAAGUUGGUAAAGUUGUCACUUUUGCUCGCUCUCAGUGUCACUCGUUUUCGUUCUUUGGUACACAGAGAGGCCACAGAGGCAGAGCAUCUAGGCAAGUCUUGGGAGGACGACAGAGGGAGACAUGGGAGAAGGAAAGGGCUCAACUUUGGUGCACCUUCUGGUAAUUGUUCUGAGCUUAGUGGCCUUUGGGUUCGCCAUUGCUGCUGAGAGACAAAGAAGUGUGGGCCGAAUAGAGAAAGAUGAUCGAACGAAUGAAACUUACUGUGUGUAUAAUUCAGAUGUUGCGACUGGUUAUGGAGUAGGUGGUUUCUUGUUUCUUCUCUCAGGCGAAUCACUCCUCAUGGGUAUCACAAAGUGCAUGUGUUUUGGGAGACCCUUGGCCCCUGGUGGGAAUCGAGCUUGGUCUAUUAUAUAUUUUGUUUCAUCAUGGACAACUUUUCUGGUGGCGGAAGCUUGUCUAAUUGCUGGUGCUACAAAAAAUGCCUAUCACACUAAGUACCGGGGAAUGAUAUAUGCUCAGAACUUCUCCUGUGAAGCUUUACGAAAAGGUGUUUUCAUUUCUGGAGCGGUAUUUGUGGUUGUGACUAUGAUUCUCAACGUAUAUUACUACAUGUACUUCACCAAGGCAACUACAACUCAGGCAGCUCAUAAAGCAAAUCAUUCGAGCUCAACUGUUGGGAUGGCUGGGUAUGCAUAGGAUCCACUAAUGAGACCAGAUAGGUUCCAGGUUUUUGCAUCUUGGUGUUAUGUAUGGGAUGCCUAUGUGAUAGCAUACUUAAGAGUGUAUCAUUACAUUGGUUUUGUCUAAAGAGAUAUAUAAGUACCUGUAUGAAUGCUGCUUGCAAAGGCAAGAUGCAGAAUUAGAAGUUUUGGUGGUUGACAACUCACUUUGAAAUUCAACUUUAUAUUGGCUAUUUUACUUUGUUUUUAAUUUUUA